UGUACUACUCCUUUUGCAAAGAUUAACGGUUGGGAUUUAGUAUUACACAUUAUUAAAAAAGAAAAAGAAACUAUAUCAAAUGGUACUCCGCAAAAUAUCCGCAACAUCAUCGAAGGAUGCUGGAAGAAUAAACCUAAUGAGAGAAUAAGUCUAGAAAAUAUACUCAAAAUGAUUGAAAAAGAAGACAUCUUAAGAAAAGCAAUAAGAGAAAAAGAAAAACAAUUAGAUGAACUAAUCAAUGAAGAAAGUGAAUAUUCAAAGGCUUUAUUAGAGCCAUUAAUUAAAGCCCAAAAUCAGGAAGAAUUUCAACAGGGUAAGGAUAAUUUAAAAGGAAAGUCGCAAGAGUUUGAAAAUAUUUUUCAAAUAAAGGAAGAAAUUAUUGAAUUAAAAAAACAGUUGGGAGAUAUAAAAGCAAAUGAUGAGAAAUUUCAAGAUGCUAAAUUAAGUCCUCAACUCAUCCAUACUACUAGUGGAAUAUUAGGUUCUCAGAUUAAGGAAGAGAAAAAUAAUUAUUCAACAAUACUUACUCCUGAAAACACUAGUAAAGUUUGUAUUAUUGAUUGA